UCCUCAAACUUGGGUUCUUGGUAUUCUAUUCAUUCCGUCCUGUCGUUUUCGGUGUACCCAACCAGAUACGUUUUCGGGGUGACUUUAAUAACAUUCGUCUUUCUUUUAUCUUGUUCACAUACUGGUUAUGUUAUGAAUUCAGAAAAAGUGCUUGGAUGCAGAGCAUUUCGGCAUAUAAUAAUAGCUUCUGAACGAUAACAUGCCGCCAUCUAACAGGAGACGACAAUCCCAGGACGCUCAAUUAUGGAGGGGUUCACCAAAGAUGGAACAGCGGUCGACGCUAUUCUCGCGUACGGGUUUGGGACGUAGGAAUACCGAAGACGAUGCUCCUGGCACUAGAAAUUCGAGGGCGCGACGGAUUGUUAGUCGAGCCGACAACGAGAUCGACAGUGAUUCAGACGAUGAUCUUAAGGAUGGUCCAGGAGACUUGAGCGACGAUGAUAGCGAUGACAACGAUGACGAUAAGAUCGGCGACUCUCCACAGAAAACAACUCGGUUACCUACACCAAGCUUACCUACACCAAGCUCUUCAGGGUCUGUCGUUACUCUAACUGCGCGACCAAAUCCAACUAAAACUACUACUUCGUUAAUGAUCAUGACCACUACCCCCAUAUCGCAAUUGUCAUCUACUUCCACGCCGUUGUCUAUUCCGGUUUUUUCGGCUCCUCCCAGUCUAGGGAAAGCUUUCCCUGUACAACAGGGUAAAGAGGAGGGUGAUGACGACCAUCCUGAUCCGGGAUCACCCAUCACUUCCCAGUUUAUUCCCACAGUUACCACUGGGCAGUUGUCUACGGGACCAACAUUAGUACCCGUAGCCUCAGAUACCGUGGGCGAUAGCGAUGAUGGGCCUAAGCAUAAAUGGUAUGGAGAUAAAGGUCCUCAAGAGGAACCGCAGGGUGUAUUGAAUCCCACAGCAGAGCACCUCCUCAUUGCCGCAGGUGCAAUAGGUGCUUUCAUUUUAUUCUGCUUUAUCGGAUGGAUUAUCUACAGGGUCUUAAAGAGGACGAAGGGUCAGGGCAUUGGCAUUAGCGGCGGUAUGGGACCCAUCGACAACUUCUAUGAGAAACAGAGAGGGUCGAUAGAUAAUCGUACGUUAUACAUGUCUAACGAGGCGCCCCCCCGUUACGAGCAGGGAGGGCGUGGUACCAUGCAAUCAGGCAACUUCUAUGGCCCUAUCAAAGCGUAUCCAUCAGGACCUGGGAGUAUAGCACGCUCAGUUGCCUCAAAUUCCGAGGCAGGAACCCUUCGACAGUUACCAGAUAAUAACCCACCGCUUGCGAGCAUCAUAAACCAAUAUAUCCCAGGGAAUGGAGGCGCCUCAAAUAAUAGCGAUAUCAACAUGACUAUGAGGUCUCAAGUAACCCAGCCAUAUUACAACGAACCAGACCUUCCUCGCCAACCAGAAACAUUCAAUGCGCCGAAACGGGCUGGAACCCGAGCUAGCGAAAUAUCAUCCAUCUCUUCUGGAUUCGGGGACGGUGACAUCAUCAUACCUCCGUCCUCAGAAGCGGAUAAGUCCGGACCUGUUCCGGACGAGGAGAACCCUGGCGCUCGAGACUCGUGGAUGAGUCGGCCAGGCGAAAGGAGGGAAACGGUAUAUACGGAAGCGAGCGAGGACCGUCCAGCUCGGUUUCGCUCUAUAACCAGCUGGGUCAACCAGCAGGCAGGACGAGCGAAGAGGGCGGGUUCGAGGGCGCGGGAGCGUGGAGAAGUGCCUGUUAUGCCAGCAAUCCCAGGCCAGAUAAGUGCAACGCGACAGACCGCUUACCGGUGAUGGAUGAUACCACAUAAUACUAAAAGAAUUCAACACAAUACUUUUAUUCUCUUCUUCGUUGCCCCAAUCCAGGAACCCCCCAAGGAACAGGAUCCAUAGCGAGAACGCAACGAAGAGAAAUUAUAAUUUAACUUUAAAGGGGUACAUGACCUCGCGUUCAUUCGUGUUGUCAAUAAUAUACAUUACAAUCCACGCUUACAAUAUCGGUACCGAGUGGAUGGUGAAUUACAAUAUCACCUAACCUAGCGUCUUGUACAAUUAGGUCCCAUAUCCUUCUUGGGGUUGAGGACAAUGCUGUUUCAGCACUUUCAGCACUUAUACCAUGCAGUUCCCAUGUUGGCGGGGGUCGGGGAGUCACACGAGGGAGUGUUAUUAUAGAAGAACGGAUGACGAUGAAUACUUGUUACAUAGAAUUGACUUAUUCUGACUAGUUAGUUUAACUUAACUACCUCCAUACCGAGUUCUUUUUUAGAAGUUGAAAGUGAACCAGAAGGUAGAAUUAGGCUCUCCAUAAAUCUGGAUACGUACAUGGUUGGAAGA